AUGUCUGACCGUAAUGACGCAGCUGAAGCGAUCUUGCUCGGUGUCAGUGCCAGUAACUCUACUACGGACAACUUGAACGCGCCGGAGGACGUCUUUGCAGGAGUCGCUUUCAGUGACGACUACAUUUGCACUCCUGGGGCGGAGAAUUUGGCAUAUGGCCGAGCUGCUCCAGAUGUAGACCGUGCCAUGAAGCUUGUGGAGCAGUUCGAAGAGGAAUACCAGCAACUGAAAAAACACCAAACAUACCUCGUUGCGGUUUUUCAGAACGUUGAGGAUUGGAAUGCUCGAGUUAAAGAUACCACUAAGAUUUUGCCCAUUCUGAAGAAAAGGCAAAUUGCAUUGGACAUCACACCCUGCAAGUCUGGGCACAACAGGACCAACUCUCCCGAAUGCGCUUCUGCUACAGGUUCUAUUGCGCCAAAGAAGUGCAGACGGCUACAGACACCGUUUGAGUUCAGUCCACGCCCAACCCGGUCCAAGACCAUCAUUCAGGCAAUAUCUAGCAUCGAGGGUGCUAUUGAAAGACAGACGUUGGUGCUGUCUAGGAUCUGUGAAGCUUUAGGCGACGCGCUCCGAUCACCUCCGGAUGGAAUUCUUAGAGUUGGACCAACUGAGUUGACGGAGGGUACCAUUUCCAACUUCGACAUUGUCCCCACUGUCACAGACAAACCUGCUAGCGCAUCGACCGGUCUAUUUCCUAUGGAGGUCCCAUCAUUUGUCUGA